GAGUUCUUAUGCGUUCAUCAAUCUGGUCAAGGCUAUGUGCGGCGUGGGCGUAUUCGCCCUACCAGUAGCAUUCCAACAAGCCGGACUAUGGACAGGUGUCAUCUUGACUUUCCUCUUGGGAGUCGUGAAUGCACAUUCGAUGAUGAAACUCGUCAAGUGCUCGCAGUUUCUUUGCCACCAGAAGGCACUCAACGAAGACACGAACAAGUUGGAUACGAUACAACCGAUUAGACCAGUGGAGAAAAGCCGCUAUGAUGCAUCGGAUAAUGCAAAGAACAAGCGCGAAGCUGUGGCACUGAAAGGCAUCGAAGAAUUCGAAAAAGGAGAAGCAGUGGAGAAGCGAUUCACCCUGAAUUAUGGUGACAUGGCACAUGAAGCCUUUGCAACUCAGCAAUCUAAAUCCCUAAGAAGGCUGGCGAAACCAAUGAAAAUAGCAGUGAAUGCAUGCAUAAUUGGUCUACAGCUAGGAAUCUGCAGUGCUUUUUACAUUUUCGUAGUAGAUCAUGCAAAAGAGGUUCUCGAUGUCCUAUUCUCUACAGAACUAUCGCGUGACACUCUAUUCUUCACCAUACUUCCAUUCUUCAUACUCAUCGCUACCGUGCGCAGCUUGGUUGUACUAUCGUGGAUUGGACUUAUUGGAAAUGUCUUGGUCGUAUCUGCAAUUCUUAUUAUUUUAGGGCAAAUGCUUUUCAUGGAACACACUCCGCUGUCUUACCUGCCAGGAUUUACAGGCAUCGAAGCUGCGACCUUGGCUGCUGGAAGUAUUGUCUAUGCUUAUGCAGCCCAAGCAGUGGUUCUCCCACUGGAGAAUAAGAUGAGAAAGCCCCGAGAUAUGCUGGGCGUUUGCGGUGUCAUAUCAACGUCUGUGAUAAUCAUAAGUUUCCUCUACAACAUUACCGGAUUUUUGGGUUAUGUAACAUAUGGAGACAGUCUGAAGGGAAGCAUCACGCUCAAUCUCACUAACUCACCGCUUGAUUUUUCGGUCAAGUUGAUGCUUUUGCUCAUGACCUAUUGUGGAUACUUAAUUCAACAUUACCCAAUUGUUGAAAUGCUUUGGCCAACUGUUCAAAAUCGUUUUAAAAAUGCCAGUGACAAGGCAAUCCUCGCGGUGGACUAUGCCCUGCGAUACGCUGUUGUGGUACUUUCAUUCGGACUUGCCUACGUUAUUCCGAACUUCAAAGACAUCGUUCCGUUCAUUGGAGUUACAACAGGAAUGAUGAUAGCAUUAGUCUUUCCUCCACUACUUGAGACAGUUGUCUUUAUUGAAAAAUGGAGAAAUGGCAGUGUCGUCGCACUGGAGACGGUUUACUACGCGGUUCGCAUUUCAUUUGAGCUUAUCCGAAACCCAUUCUUAAAUCAGUAUAAGUACAUUAUGACAUCUGCAGAAGAAGAGCAAUUAACUGGAUUAAGAAGUUCUUACGCUUUUAUUAACCUUACCAAAGCCAUAUGUGGCGUGGGUAUAUUCGCAUUGCCAGUGGCCUAUCUCCAGUCUGGGCUGUGGGCUGGCAUAAUACUGACCGUUGUGCUUGCUUUUGUCAAUUGGCAUAAUAUGGUAAAGUUAGUGGUGUGCUCUCAGUAUCUCAGCAAAAAAAAGCUGGAGAGAUCUAGGAGAGAAAAAAGUGAGCACAACAAGUCAAGCAACCAGUCUGCUACGACAGAAUCAGUUACGACGAACGAGCCGGAAAAAGUAUACAAAUCGUUAGAAUCCACAACAACGGAAUUGGAAAAAGAACACAAAACCGUGAAAUCAACAUCAACAUCCGAGUCGGAAACGUCUCAGUCAACACGAGAAAGGCGCAUCAGUCUUAGUUUUGGAGAUAUGGCAGAAGAAGCAUUUGCCAGUAAGGAAACUAAAACCUUGAGGGACAUGGCAAAACCAAUCAAAUUUGUCUCAAAUGCUUGCAUUUUGGGUCUCCAGGUAGGAAUCUGCAGUGCUUAUUACGUAUUUGUUGCUGAGCAUUUACAAGAGGGUACUAAGUACAUCUUUUCGGUGUAUGUGUCGCGCAAUCUAUCGUUUCUAAUUCUGCUGCCGUUUUUUAUCCUUUUGACAUCUGUGCGCAAUCUAACGCUUCUAUCAUGGAUUGGCCUAGCAGGAAAUAUAUUGCUUGCAAUAGCGAUAAUCAGUAUAGAUGUGAAAAUGAUCUUUAUGCCACAUAUACCUCUCUCUCAAUUACCUUCUUUCACAUCGAUAGAAGGAGCUACUUCGGCUGCGGGUACGCUGAUCUAUGCUCUGGUCGGACAUGCAGUGGUGUUAGCCUUGGAGAACAAGAUGCGAAAACCAAAAGACAUGUUGGGACCAUGUGGGGUCAUCUCAGGAGUAGUUAUUAUGCUAUCUAUUCUUUACGCUUUUACGGCUGUCCUGGGCUUUAUUACUUAUGGCGAUCGUUUAAGAGGCAGCAUCACACUUAAUUUGACAAAUUCUUGGUUUGACUUCACGAUUAAGAUGUCGCUUAUGCUCAUGACUUAUUGCGGUUAUCUAAUCCAACAUUAUCCUGUUGUCGAGACUCUUUGGCCCUUUGCACAAGCUUAUUUCGAGAAAAUCAACAAACUGCUUUUGAAUUAUGCUUUGCGAUAUGCAGUAGUCUUGCUGUCAUUUGCUCUCGCAUGCCUCAUACCGAAUCUGGAAAAUAUUAUCCCAUUUGUAGGCGUUACUUGUGGAAUGAUGAUAACCUUGAUAUUUCCUGCAUUGAUCGAAGCAGUUGCGUUCAGCGACCAAUGGAGGAGAAAAAGCUUUAUGACGCUCUUUUUCAAAGUUGCCGUUGACGUUUUGUAUAUUAUUCUCGGCUUAGUUUUCAUGGUUGUAGGCCUGUUUUCUCGCUUAAUAGAAACACAUGAAUAA